AGAUCUUUAUGCAGUUGAGAGCUGACAAGAAAAGGUCAGAGAAGAAAGAGUAAGGGACAGAAUCUGAGAAUCUAAAGUCGAAAAUGAUUAGUGGGGUUUUAGCUUCAGCUUUCCCACAAGCUGUUUCUUCUCUGCUGUCUAAACCCAGAGCCAGCUGCUGUUGCUAUGCAUCCAGCUCUGUUAGUGGUCACAAGCCAUGCUCAUCAGAUCCCAAGCUCCGAAGUUUUGGCCUUUUUGGUACGAAGGGGUCUCAGAGAAGCAGAGUGCACUGCAGUAGUAGCAGCGGACCUGGCUCUGGUGAUGGUGAUAGCAGGAGUGUUCUGGAUGCCUUCUUCUUGGGGAAAGCUCUAGCAGAAGCCAUAAAUGAGCGUAUUGAGUCCAGUGUUGGUGAAUUUUUGAGCACAAUUGGUAGGCUGCAAGCUGAGCAACAAAAGCAAGUAGAAGAGUUCCAGGAAGAUGUACUGGAAAGAGCCAAAAGAGCGAAAGAGAAAGCAGCGCGCGAGGCAGCAGAGGUGCAAGGACUCGCAAAACAACCUACAGCGGAACAUAUAACACCAGUCACAAUCACCAAUGGCGUUACUCAACUAACUUCAACAACCCCGACCACCACCAGUAAUGUCACUCCUGUGAAUCAACCCUCAUUGUCUGGGCCAGCUUCCCCAGCAACUGCGAAUGAACCAGGUCCUGCCGAUGAAGACACAAUUUUUGGGGUGCCAAUUGAAGAAUGAUGUCCAUCUUCAUGUAUUCGCAUAUCUUACAGCUUCCAGCCAACACAGUUGGUUUUUAUUGCAGUGUAGAACACUCCCUAUAAAUUUCAUAAUAAGUUACCGUUAGUCUUGGGUUGUCAAA